GGGGAGGAGAAGGAGGAGGAGGAGGCCGUCGCUGAGUCGACGGGAAACACGAAGGAAAAUGGGACGGAAAACGCGACGGAAAACACGACGGGGGCGUCGUCCGCCGACGACUCCAUGCGGGAGGUGCGGCAGGACGCGCCGCAUGUUGUGGCGCAGAUGCAGCUGCUGAUGAUGCAGCCCGCCACCAGCGGCUUGCGCGUGGGUGCAGCGAGCAGCGAAAGCGAGACAGGGGAGGUGUACGAGGAAGGGCGGCUGGAUGCCCUAAAGGGGAGGGCUGAGAAACUCAGGAAGAGGGCAGAGGAUGGGCUGGGGGCUGGCGUUGCGCAGGAGUGCAUAGAAUUCAUAAGGAGCUUGGACGACAGGGACUUGAACGAGCAGGACAUUCAGGAAAGGCUUGAGGUCAUGGUCGGAGAAGACAAGAUGCAGCUGGUCCAGCUGCUGUUCAAAUGCGCAGCGGCGCAGGAGCUGUACGAGCGGAUGAAGAUCGAAGAGGAGGCAAGCGGCAAACUGUGA